AUGAGCAAGCGGGUGGGCGUCGACGACUUCGUCAUGAUCAGCGUUAUCGGCAAGGGCGCCUACGCCAAGGUCGUCCUCGCCAAGCACAAGGCCACCAAGCAGGUCUGCGCCCUCAAAAUCAUCAAGAAGAAGAAGCUCCUCAAGGGCACCAAGGAAAACCUCGCCCUCCUCGAAAAGGACAUCCUCACCCGCGUCAAGCACCCCUUCAUGCUCCGCCUCCUCUACUGCUUCCAGACCGAGGAAAAGCUCUUCUUUGUCCUCGAGUUCUGUCCGGGUGGGGAACUCUUCAACCUGAUCAGCCGCCUCCAGACCCUCUCCGAGGAGCACGCCAAGUUCUACGCCGCGCAGAUGCUCCUCGCCCUCCAUCACAUGCACACCCACCAGGUAGUCUAUCGCGACCUCAAGCCUGAAAAUGUCCUGAUCGCCCAUGACGGCUACGUCAAGAUUGCGGACUUUGGCCUCUGCAAGCGCAACUUCCUCACCGAAGAGGUCUUCUCGGUCUCAGGUACGCCUGAGUACCUGGCGCCCGAAAACCUGGAGCGCAGGCCCUGCUCCGAGGCCAUCGACUGGUGGGCCCUCGGCAGCAUCAUCUACGAGAUGCUGGUGGGCGAGCCUCCCUUCAUGGCCCCCAACCGCGAGGAGAUCUUCAGCAAGAUCAAGAAGGAAGAGGUCCGCCUGCCGCCCACGCUGAGCCUCGAGUGCCAAGACCUACUUCGGCGGCUGCUCGCCAAGAAGCCAGGGGCUCGGCUCGGCGCCAAGGGCGUCGAGGAGAUCACGGGACACCCCUGGUUCAGCAAGAUCAACUGGGACAAGCUGCUGGCCAAGGAAUACCGAGCUCCUUACGUGCCCCACCUGAAAAGCGAGCUGGACCUCUCCCACUUCGACGAUGAGUUCCUCAAGACAAACGUCUAG